AUGACGAAAUCGAAUAGCCGUGGCUAUACUAUUUUUUCCACCUAUGCGCUUGUGGGGACCAAAUCUAACGCAUCAUGGCCUAGCCCAUAUGCCUCAACUAAAAGACGUGGGAUGAUCGAACUUCCCUCCCCUCCCACUAGUGGAGUGCGGAACAAGGGAGACGCAAGUCACUCAUCUGAUCCCAUUACCACGAAGUGGAGGAUGGGAUGCGCAAAGCUAGGGAAGUGGGGCUAA